GUGACCCGGUCCCAGACUAUUUGUAGCCAAGGCCAAGGUUUCCUGAGUGCAGAAGAGAGGAAGUCUGCAGUUAAAAGCUCAUCGAUGGAGCCGCUUCAUCCUUCCGGACCUGUGAAAGUUUACCUGUGCUCCAACCCCGCAGAUAGCGUGUUGGAGCGCAGAGUCCUGAGAGACCUCGUGUUCCCAAAACUUGGACGACAUUGCAGAGACACGCUGGGAGUGGACGUCAGGGUGAUCGACCCAUUUGAGUCCAGUCAUCCCAGCCAGUGGCCAGAUGUCAACACCAGAAAAGAUCUGAUCAAAGAGUGCAGAGAAAGCUCCAGUGGGCCAUUUUUACUGGCUCUGAUCGGCCAUAACUACGGCAGGCCCAGUCUUCCUGCCCUGGUGGAGGUAUCUCGCUUCCUCAUGUUCCUGCAGCAGAUGCAGCGGGCCGGCCUCAGCACCAAGGAACUGGAGAGAGUCUACCACAGAGACGAGAACGUCAGUCCACCGUCGUUCUGCCUGAGACUCGCACCAGCGCCUCAGGAGGACGAUGGCACGGACGAUUUGGCGAGGGUCCUUGAAGGGGCCGCGAGUCUGUGUGCACGCCAGCAGCUUCUUACCCAAGAGGAGGUCGUGGCUUUCAGCAGAUCAGUGCUGGAUGGCGAUCUCCGCUUUGCCCUGGACAACUGUCCUCCUGAUGACAUCAUCGGACGCUGCCUGGUUUACGUGCACAAGGUUGUCAACAUAGAGGAACCCGCCGCAGCCGAGAGAGACCUCCUCUCGGAUCUGAUCGACAACUUCCUGAGGGGCCUCGUCGACUCGCGCGGGCUGGCGGCCUACGCCGCCGCCACCGAGUGUGACCGUCGCCACGGUUACACCGCCCACAGGAGGCGGGGCUACGCCCGGCUCCUGUGCCGCCAGGUGUACGCCGACCUGACGGCGUCGAUUGAGGGCCGGGUCUCAAACUCGGACCGGCGGGCGGCGGACGCCCCGGCCAGAGAGGGAGUCGAACAGGAGGAACUGUGUGCCGUCCUGUCGCGGUUUUACCACGUCGCACGGCCCGAGACGGGAGAGAUCCGGGUCUACGUGCAGCGGCGGGACAGCCGGGGUCCGCUGGUGCUGACUGGAGGACCGUGUGCUGGAAAAACUGUUCUGCUUGCUCACUGUGCCCAGCAGAUCAAGUCUUGGCUUCCCGACAUCGACCCCGCCGUGGUCAUCUUGUGCACUCCCUCUCUGCACACGCCUUCUGCGGCGCACCUGCUGGCCGGCUUGUGUCAUCGCAUCCUCAGGACUUACGAGCGCUCCUCACCUGCACACCACGAGGGGACCUUUACUUCCAACUCGGACCUAAACCCGGCGAGCGUGUCCAGGGCCUUGAGGAACCCUGACCUGGGUUUCUACGAAGCGACGCGAUGCCUGCGCUCGCUCCUCUCCCUCCUGCCGUCCUCCCAGCGACCGUUGGUUCUGAUCCUGGAUGGCGUGGAUCAGACGGGGCGGAACGUCGCUCUUCAACUCGUCCGAAGCCUGCCCUCCCCUCUUCCUCCCGGAGUCAAACUCAUCCUCGGCGUCUCCUCCAACCAGACUGCAGUCCUGCAGGCCAUCGGGCGACAUUACCCAGAGUCCAGUGCGCCAGAGGGCGCCCGGAGGGGGUCUGGGUACGUGCACGUAGCGCUGGGGUCCGCAGACAGGAAGCAGCGUGUUGAGAUGCUGAUGUCACAGCUGAGCAGCUCGGGGAGGAGGGUGACCUCGGGGCAGCUGGCGCUGGUGAGCAAGGCACUGACUUCCUGUGGUCUCACCCUCUACGCCCGCCUUCUGCACGCACACGCAUCGCUCUGGUGCUCAGAUUCUGAUGUGUCCGAGUCGUGUCUCCCCGACGGCGUUCAUUCGUCCAUUGCUGCCCUACUUCAACACCUGGAGCGCAAGCACACUUCCUGUCCGGUGGGCCGUGCCGUCGCUUACCUCACCCUCAGCCGUGUGGGCCUCACAGAAACAGAACUUGCAGAUCUUUUGUCCAGACUCGAACCAUGUCAGGUGACACAAGUGGACUUGGAGAGACUGCUUUUGGACCUGAAGGGCUUCCUCAUCAGACGGACUGUUAGAGGUUGUCAGGUGUUGUCCUGGGUGAGCAGACAUUUCGGACUGGUUGUGGCUAAGACAUAUUUGUGCACAGGCGAGGCCAGGAGACGAGUUCAUUCAGAGAUGGCCGACUAUUUUGGCAAAGAAUGGAACUUUGCGAGCACAGAAGGGAAAGACAGAAAUGAGGAAGAGCAACCAUCUUUCAGAGUCCUGGCCAAUGCGAGGAAAGCUGUAGAGCUGAUGCAUCACUUGCGAGAAAGCAACAGGCCGGAGGUUAGAGCCAAAGUGUUGAUCUCAUGGAGUUUCCAGUACGCUUUGGUGCAGGCUGGACAGCUGAGAGAACUGGUGGCUAUGUUGAGACAGGAUGAAGAGGGAUCAAGGAAGUAUCUGAAGGAACGGACACUCCUGGCAAACAUACUAGCGUCGUCUUCCUGCUUCCUGCAAAGCGAUCCCCAGAAACUACCAGCUUUGAUGGACGCCAUCCUCCUCCCUUAUCUGAAGCUCUUCCCUGCUCUCGGAUCUUAUGUCGGGGGGAUCAGGAGAAGUGGCUUGGCGGUCGUGCUUCCUCCUGCUCCCGACACCGUCGUCCGUCUUCGGUGUCUUGAGCCUGAUAGCGGUUCGAAGCGUCUCUCUGUGACUUCAGCAGCAGGGACGCAGUGUGGGACGGUGGUAGAGGUGAUGGUUGAUGGCUCGGCGUGGGUUUGGAGAGACCGCAGUGUUUUGCGGCUGACGCUGAACCAAAAGACGAGAGAACUCAAGUUUUCGGGGGUGAAAAGCAACCGUGGAUUCAUGCUGUUUUCUACACGGUGCAACAAGCUCUUCUUGUGGGACGUGACCACACCCGGCAGGCUUGUGGAGGUUAAAGUACCGCAGGCGAUUGAGAUUUUAGAAGGGUUUGUAGCUUGUGAGAGGCAGUUUUGUGCGUGGUGGAAAGGGGACGGUGUCCUCACCCUGUUCGACGCCUCCAGGUCAACGUUGUCCGACUUGCACUGUCAGAGCUGUGUCACCUGUGCGGUUUUCUCCUCCAGUGGUUCUUACAUUUACUGCGGCCAGGAAGAAGGCGCCGUGUCUGUUUUUGACGUAGAGCGACGCAGCCUCCUUUGCUCUUGUUCAAACUCAAACCACAGCGCGGUCGUGUCAAUAAUCCUCUGUGAAAACCGUCAGGAAAUGGCUUGUGUUGAAAAGACGGGCGGUGUGAUUUUAUGGGACAUUACCGCCGAAGCUCAAUCACCGAGACUCGUUAAAGAAAGCUCUGCCGGUGUGGAAUCCGACGCCAUCCUCAAUACGGAUUACUCGGAUGCAUUUAGCAGGCUCUUACUGUGUGAUAGUAGGCAUGUUACGGUGUGGAACACAUGUGAGUGGGAGACGUGUGACCAGUUCUUGGCUCCACAAGAUCGAAAAUUCACCCAGGCCGUGUUCUCCCAAGACGGACACCUUUUCCUGGCUUUACUGGACGCCUGCCCCCAGGUGCUGGCUUGGAGGGUCAGCACAGGGCUGUGUGUUCUCUCCUUAGACGCCAACGAGCCGCCUCAUACCCUCCUCAAAACCGCCUCCGAUAUCGUCUGCGUCGCUGGCGACGGCCGCCUUUUCGCAUGGGACUCUGGGAUGGUUGGUGUAGCGGGCGCAGCUCCAAAAAUGGGAAGGGGAGUAGAAGAAGUGGUGGUGGAGCAAUCAGGGCGUUGGUUCUACACCUCAGACCGGUCAGACUCGGUGUGGAGGUGGGACUUAGAGACAGGUCUUCCGCAUUCUAACUUCCUCCAUGAGAGUCCUGUGGAAAAAGUGCGUCUCAGUCGGGAUGACGUUACCCUCGUGACGCUGUCUGGAGAGGAGAUUUACAUUUGGAGGGCAGAAACCGGGCAGAAUGUCCACAGAAUCUGUGGCAGCAGAGCGACAGAUAUUCUCAUCGCGCCAAAUUCCAAUUUUGGCGUGAGCCUUUCCGAGCAGGGGCUCUCUCGGGUUUGGAAGCUGGCACAUGGAAGUGUUGUGUGCGCUAUCCACCUGUAUCUCUUAGACGCACAGGUGUCGCCCGAGAGCACCUUUCUGAUUGGCCGCCACGGGGGAGACCUGCUGGCUGCGAGCUUGUGGUCCGGCAUGAUCAGUAAGCGCUUCUCCAGAGCGGGAAGCUGGGAGGACGUCGUGGCUUUCUGCACACUUUCGCAGAACCCCGAUUACGUGGUCGUGAUGGUCGCUUCAGGAGUUCUAUACACCUGGAAGAUAUCCGAUGAAACCGCAUGCCAGCACUUUCGGUUGCCGGGGACAUUUUACUGUCAGCCGCAACACUUUCAGAUGACGUCUGACGGGAGCUUCGCGUUGCUGUCCGCUGAUAACGCGGCCAUCACGCUCUUGGACGUGACGCGGGUCAGACUGUGCUCUUUUAGGACUGAGGGUUCUGUAAUCAAAGCCCGCUUGGAUGAAACCGGAUGUUACGUCGCCUACGUAUCACGGCCCACAUGCCAGGAGAAUGCCUGUUCCCUGCAUGCAAGUCCCAUCCUCACCGUCGUCCGGCUCUCGGACGGGGAAAAAGUAGGCAGGGUGUUGCUGUGCAAGGAUCCAUUGACGCUGCUCAUGGGCGGCCAGCAGUUGGUCUUUGUGGGGUUUCAGGACGGCUCCGUGGGUGUUUACUCCAUUUCCGGACAAAUCGCGACUCUGGCUCGUCAAUCGAAGGGAUGCUGUUUUGACUCGGCAACAAUGACGUGGUUUCCACGAGCAACGCCCAAAAUUAUUUGGUCUUAGCUUCCGCAGUCGUCCCCUCGUUUAUCACGGCCAACAGCUUCCAAGCCUGACUGCGUUUAACCAAUUUGUCCGAAGUGUACCACAUCACUAAAAUCAUUGUUUUAAACAUUUUCUGUCUAUUUUUGGCCGAAAUUGGUAUUUUUUAAUGUCUUAUAUGUGGAGUAUUUGUCUUAUUUUUUUAUUAUUGCCUCUGCCUCCCGGGAGCCUUUUGGCCAUGGAGACCAGCUGCUGGGUCUCUGCUACACCGGAGUCUGUUUGGAGGGACUGGAGGAGAUGCGGAUGAGGGGACAGGGCUGCGGAGCUAGCACUGAGCGCUGGGACGGAGAGGCUUCGCGGUGUCUCGACUGGGUGAGCAGGGGUCGGACACCUCAGUCACCUUGGACGUAUCCUCGCUCAUCCAUGCGGACUGGACACUGGCCGAGAGUGGAGUCGGCUGUCUUGGUUGCUUUGUUGGGUCUGCUUCUGUCUCUGGCCAUCCUCCCUCCUCCCCAGCGGACGAUGGCGUGGAACACCGCAGAGGCCACCACAGUGGAUAUGUUUCUUUUACUUUUUAUUCAUAGCUGUAUGUAGAAGUGUCUGCUUGUAUCUGCUGCUUUAAUGUCUUUGAUGUCCUCUGUGUUCUUUGAUGUUUGAUGUUUCCCUCUUACACACAUGGAAGAGGGAUGUGUACUAUGACUAUGAGUUGUUGUUUUUUUUUUUCCCUUGGCCUCAGUCUGCACCCCCACUCCAGGGCCCGGGCUAAGACCGAUUUUUUUUAUUUUAUUUUAAUCUUCUAUUCUUUUCUUCCCCCCGCCCCCCAUGUUUACCUGUAUGUCAUCUUUUUUGUAAGGGGCGCUGGAAGCCGGCAGACCCGUCAGCGAUCCUGUUCUGUCUCCCUGUAAUGUUUGUCUGAUCUUGAAUGGGAUUGUGCUGAAAAUUGCUGAAGGAACUCUCCUGACGGAAUAAAUAAAGUACUAUCUAUCUAAUCUAUCUAUUGUGGUAAUUGAUGAAUAUAUUCACCGAGUGGGACUUUUGUUUUCCGGGUUAAAACACAUUUUUGAUGCAUUGUGAUGUAUUGCGAAACUCCAAUCCGUUACCUUGUGUUCAUAUACAGGUAGAUAGGUCUUUAAGUACAAGGAAACUUUGUUUUCAGCACAAACCCGUUCAAGUUUGGACAAGCAAACAGUGUACAUCAGGGGUGUCAAACUCGAACACAGAGUGGGCCAAAAUUUAAAACUGAACAAAGCUGCGGGCCAAGGUUGAACAAAUUAACCUUUUAAUAGGGACCCAAACAAGUUUUGCAUUGAAUAUUGAACAAGCUAGAGAAUCAGGGUUUGGUGGUAGCAGGGGUGUAUAUUGUAGUGUCCCAGAAGAGUUAGUGCUGCAAAGGGUUCUGGGUAUUUGUUACGGUGCGAAAUGUGUUUGUCUUUCUUGUUCGUGUGGGUUCACAGUGUGGCGCAUAUUUGUAACAGUGUUCAAGUUGUUUAUACGGCCACCCUCAGUGUGACCUGUAUGGCUAUUGACCAAGUAUGUGUUGCAUUCACUUAUGUGUGUGCAAAAGCCUUAAAUAUUAUGUGACUGGACCGGCACGGUUUGUAUGGAGGAAAAGCGUACGUGACGACAGGUUGUAGAGAACGCUAAAGGAAAUGUCCUUAAGCCCCGCCCCCAAUAUAUUUGUCCGGGUGGAAAUUGGGAGAAAUUCGGAAGAAUGGUUGUUCCGGGAGAUGUUUUGGGGGAGGGGCACUGCACUUUGGGA